AUGGGAGCAUCAAAAGGAGGAACAAGACUCUCUGGAAUGCAGAAGCAAGUGCUUAGUAUGUACAGAGGGUUUUUGCGAGCUGCUCGAUCAAAGUCCCUUGAACAUCGGCGGCAGAUUGAAUCCGUUGUUUCGGCUGAGUUCCGCCGCAACUCAAAACAAGUAGAUCGCAAGAAUUUCAUCUACAUCGAGUAUUUGCUUCACCGUGGUAAGAAGCAACUCGAUCAGCUCAACAGUCCUGAUACUGUUGGAUUGUCAUCUCUGAAUGUUGAAGGCAACUAA